UUUGUUUUGUUUCUGGUGCAUGCUGUGGUGUCAGCGCGGUUUCGGUGUGCUUCCGAAAUGUCGAAAGUUACGUUCAAGAUAACUCUGACGUCGGACCCGAAGCUGCCUUACAAGGUCCUCUGCGUUCCCGAGUGCACCCCUUUCACAGCAGUAUUAAAGUUCGCUGCUGAAGAAUUCAAGGUGCCACCCGCAACCAGUGCUAUUAUUACCGAUGACGGAAUCGGCAUAAACCCUGCCAAUACUGCUGGUACCAUCUUCCUGAAGCACGGAUCAGAACUUCGGCUUAUUCCCAGAGACCGGGUUGGUCGUUCCAGAUGACCAGAUGCUAAUAUUGUAUACAAUGUACCUAGCACCUGUGCUGGCCCAAGGCAAGAUUUUCUGAACCAAGCUUAGUUAAUAAAACUGUUCCUUAAUCGUC